UCUGGGUCUGAGAUUUAUUUUUCGUGUUGAUAACUUGAUUCGGAAACUGCCUAUUUAUUUUCAUUAUAUAUUUACGUUUUAAAUUUGUUACAAGUAUUAUAUGGCUAUGAUUUUUUAUGAAAAUCGGUCAGAAGUGCCAAAUUAAUGUUUUUACAAUUCGUGUAUCAUGGUUGAUCAAAAUAUAAACAAAGAUAUUAUGAUCGAUUCUGAUCUAAUCGACGUGGAAUCCUUAGAUUUUCCUGAUGAUCAGACAUGGUUGCUUAAAUCACCCAAUGAUUCUGGGCAAAGAGUUGAUAUAGUUGAUUUUAAUUUGUCUUGUGAUUGGCCAAUAAAAGAAGAUGAAGAGUACCUUAAGAGUGAAAAAAAGUUGCUUGAAUGUCUUGAUAUCAUCAUAAAUCAGCAACCAAACGAAGUUGCAUUACCCGACAAACACAAAUUCGACUCUCGAACGUUCGUGAGGCCAAAGAAACGUGUGCAGAGACCGAGCAUACACAACAUCAUGGAAGCGAACUCUCCAAUGACGUUCAACCAAACACCCAGCCAUACCAACAACAAGUACUUGACGUACAACAAGUAUAGCUGCCCGCUGGGGCCUGUCAACCCGAUGCUUCGCUUGAAGACGUUCAAUGUCGAUACAAACUCGGAUAACAGUCACGUGGUCAAAGAGUAUGCGGUAAAGCGACGCACUGUGAUGCCGGAUGAUGAUCCUCAGUUGGACGGGACUAUUUGUGACAGCGAGCGCACGAGCGUACCGUCGCCAUUCAAAGCGAUCCAGAUUGACUACUCACAGCCGGCGCACAAUAUCCACAACACCUUCAACAAAGGAUUUUCCAACAUAAUGAACGAGCGAGGCAGUCUCACAAUGUACCAGAGUGGAGAGUCCCUCAUGAGAAUGUCGCCGCCUAGCCUCGUGUCAUCAAUAGUAAUGGAUAACUCCUUCACAGUAAACAGUGAUUCUAUCGACGGGAAGAAAUCAUUACAAUCAAAUAAGGAUAUAGCAACACCAAACGUUGGCCGAGAUAGUAAAGACCCCAUGAUGACCAGCAUGACACUGAGCAUUCUCGACGAAAAGGACAUGAACACUAGUUUCCUCUCUCAAACCACAUAUCCUGACCACGACAGCUUACUAGACUCGUUGCCACCAAGUCUAGUAAACUCCAUUAAUUCCCAAGUCUCAAGCACGCACAAAACGAAAAAUGACAAUCGAGAUACAAAUAUAUUCAGUUCAGCUACAUUCACCCACUUGGAUCAGUCUGAAAAGCUUCUAUCGGCUCGGCCAAGAAUUCAAAUGUUCAACACAUAUAAACGAGAUUCUAUCAAAUCCUCGGAAAGCUACACCAAAGCCCGAGAAGAAUCGUGCCAGAUAGACACAGGGAAAGUAUUGAAUGAGAAUCGCGAUAACGUGGACUCAAAGGAAUCCCCGAAAAGAGUGAGCAAUGAAAUGAGCGAAACGGUAACACUGCAUUAUUCUAAUAAUAAAUUUAGGAGAAGCAAGGAUGCGGAGAAGGAAAAUGUUAAUUCAACAUUUGAGACUGAUAACGCAUUCUUCAAUGAAAUGGAUAUAGAAAGAGCUGUUGAGGUAAACAAAAAGGAAAGUUUGAACAUUACAAUGGAUAAACAGGAGCUAAAUGAAAUUAUACAAGCAAGGCAGAAGCUAUCUAUAGCAAGGAAGGCAUUGCCGAACGAGACCGUGACAAUGGUAAAUCAAGAUAAUGAUAUAAAAACGAUACAUUUACCGAAUCAGACUAUAACAGUGCCAAAACAAAGUAUGGAAAACGCUUCAGAAUUAUUGUCUAGGAGAAGAACUGUGACUAAGCUGGAUGGAACUGUGACUAAGCUGGAUGAACCGCAGAGAGAAGCGCCGAAACGAACGGCGACGUUCAGGAAGAUGUCGCCCAGAGCAAACACUAUGGAUGCAACAGUUGUAUAUGUCCAACCUGAGGAAAAUUUCAUUGAUAUUAAUUCGGCUACUAUGAACCUUAUUGACACGGAAAAAUUUCAGGACAGGGAAUGGGGCAGAGAAGAUCGUGCCAUGGUUGGCUCCAACGAAAGUACAGACACAGGCACAUUUAGUUCCAGCAGCCCACCGGAAUUUAUUAGUGAUUCUAACGAUCCAAGAUCAGAUGUUGCAUCAACUCCGCUGCUGUCCAUACAAAAGCUGUCGAGAAACGACUUGCUACAUUUACACAACACGAUAUCGCCCAUUUACGAUAUCGUCGACGAGAAAUCGUACACCGUUACAACAGCAGCGAGCAACGGACUUGACAAUAAUACGACCAUCAUAAAUACUGCAACAAUUAGCAAGAAGUCUGCCAAACGGGAUAUAUUGGCCGGAACAACUAGCCCGGAGAAGAAAAUGAAUCAAAUUAAAGCACCAACUAAAAUAACGCCCUCUAUUUCAGGGACCACCGUGACCAUGGGCGUGCCAACUGCAAUGCCUCGUAAGACCAGUUUACCGACGUCGAAGCUUCGGCAAUACAGCUCGCACAGAGAACUUCACAGAAUACCAGCCCACGCGCCGCGCGGCUUGCCGCCGGGCCGCAGCAUGGUGCGGCGCCCCGUGUACUCGUCCAACCCGGCCCUGAGCCCCACCGCUCCCGGUACCGCGCCCCUGGGGGUGCAGCCCGCGAGGAGAGGCUCCGUAGUGGUCACACACAGAGAGGAUAAUGGCGAAAUAAAAGUUGACAAGCUGUCAAAACCUGCAAUGACAGCUCCGCCUGCGCUUGUUAGACAAGGCACAGAAACGUUGAGGAAAGAAAGGCCGCAAAGCCAACUGGUUCAGCCAAGAGAUCUGCGCAUAUCGAGUGCGGGCGCGAGCGGCGUGGCCGUCGCGAUGCGGACGCACUACGGGGGCGCAUGCCCCCCCACCUCCCGUCCGUCGUCGGUGUGCGUGCCGCGGAGCAUCGUACGACCUGCGUCCGGGCCGCUACAGAGACAGGCCACAGUACCUCAAGUGGAGUCACAGAGGUCUGCGCCGCCCGCAGAGUCCCGUGUGUCAGCUCUGCCGAGACCCUCACGUCUUCCGGCGCCGCGGCGGACCGUCAGGCAGUCAAUGUAUUCCGUAGCCCCCGGGGCGGACGCCGAUCAUUAUUAAAUAAUGUGCCAAUCUAAAACACACACGUAUUAAUUUAAUUACAAAUUUUAGUACUAAUAUAGUGAAUUAUUACUCAAUAACACGACUGAUUAUGAGAACCAACUUUUGUACAGCUUUUAUAUAUCGUUGUUGCGUCGUUCGAGACGAUGUUUUCAACGUAGCACAUUUUGUAAAAUAACGCCUUUAUUUUGUAAGUUUUUUAUAUAGUAUUUUUAUUGUGUACAUUGUUAAAGUGUUGCAAUUUUAAUUGGCGGUCACUUUGUCGAUAUUUGCGCCAACUUCUCAAAUGUCACUUAGACAUUUGCGUGCAAAGAUCACAUUCGAAACUUUUCGGGAAAAAGUUCCGUUAUGACUAUAACCUUUGAGGUAGCAAGUACCCUUUUCAUAGUGUGAAAGGCUGUGUUAUUUGUACCCAAAAUAUCCAGUUUCUUUUAUUUUCUGUUGGUUAGGGACCAAGUAACAUUAAUUUCGGAGUAAUAUUUUUAAUUGAAACUCAAUAUGAUUGUUGCCUUACCUAACUAACAAUUGAUGGUAAUUGCUAUUUAUUUUAAAGUAAAUUUUUAUAUCAGAGGGAAGCUUCUUUAUUACUAUGCCAUGAAGCAGUAAUGUGCGAACAUUCUUAUAUUUUUUUUUUUUUUAUGAAAAUAAGGCACAAGGCGAGCAGGACGUACAGCUGACGGUAAUUGAUACGCCCUGCCCGUUACAAUGCAGUGCCGCUCAGGAUUCUUGAAAAACCCAAAAAUUCUGAAUGGCACUACAAUUGCGCUCGUCACCUUGAGACAUAAGAUGUUAAGUCUCAUUUGCCCAGUAAUUUCACUAGCUACAGCGCCCUUCAGACCGAAAUACAGUAAUGCUUACACAUUACUGCUUCUCGGCAGAAAUAGACGCCGUUAUUACCCAUAAUCUAGCCGGCAUCCUGUGAAAAGGAGCCUCCCACUAGUAAAGGUGUUUAGGGUCCCGUAGCUAGUAAAAUUAUCGGGCUAAAGAGACUUAACAUUUUUUCUCAAAGUGAAGAGCGGCACUAUCUUGUGAUGGGCGGGGCGUACCACUCACCAUCAGGUGAUUGUCUUGUUCCACUUGUCACUUUCCUCAUAAAAUAAGAUAUCUUCCUAUCUUCUUCAGUGUUAUAUAACAAAAUAUAGUUUCAUUCAAAAGAUAAUCUUAUAAUUCUGGGUAGUGAUUUCGUACCUGAGUUAAAUCAUAUAUUUUCUUUGAUUUUAAAAAUAUUACUCCAUUAUAAAAUUUCAUCAAAAAUGAUCCUCAACAAAACCACCUAGUGCGGAGUUCGCAAAUAAUGCCUAAUGCUUAAAAAUCAUAUUGUGUCUGAGACUCGGUUAGACUUAUAAAUAAAUGAUGAUUGAUUGUUGUUUACUAUAUAACUUAAUUACACAUAACGGGUCCUUCAUCAGACAGGAAGUGAUGAUCUACUAUCAAGGGAGCACCAGUUUGUCUUCUGACACAUUACGUUGCAAAUUGUAUAAUGGAUUUUUAUAGUGAAUUAUGUUACUUAAUAGCAACUGGAUAUUUGUAUUUUAGGCUCUUUGUAUACGACGCUCAAAAUCCCCAA